GCCACCUCUCCGUGCCUCCGCCAGAUGUGAGCCCCGCGGGCCUCCCGCUGACCUGUCGCUGAAGCAGGCCCGCUACCCCAGGCCCAGCAUGCGCCUGUCUGUGCGCAGGGCGCUGCUGGCGGCGGGCUUCACGCUGGCCCUGGUGCUGGCGGUCCAGCUGGGGCAGCGGGUGCUGGAGUGCCGCGCGGUGCUGGAGGGCCCGCGGAGCCCGCGGCGGGCCAUGCGGCCGGAGCAGGAGGACCUGGUGGUGGUGGGCACGGACCACGUGGAGUACCGCUAUGGCAAGGCCAUGCCGCUCAUCUUCGUGGGCGGCGUGCCCCGCAGCGGCACCACGCUCAUGCGCGCCAUGCUGGACGCCCACCCCGAGGUGCGCUGCGGCGAGGAGACGCGCAUCAUCCCCCGCGUGCUGGCCAUGCGCCAGGCCUGGUCCAAGUCGGGCCGCGAGAAGCUGCGGCUGGACGAGGCGGGCGUGACGGACGAGGUGCUGGACGCCGCCAUGCAGGCCUUCAUCCUGGAGGUGAUCGCCAAGCACGGCGAGCCGGCCCGCGUGCUGUGCAACAAGGACCCCUUCACGCUCAAGUCCUCGGUCUACCUGUCGCGCCUGUUCCCCAACUCCAAGUUCCUGCUGAUGGUGCGCGACGGCCGCGCCUCCGUGCACUCCAUGAUCACGCGCAAGGUCACCAUCGCCGGCUUCGACCUCAGCAGCUACCGCGACUGCCUCACCAAGUGGAACAAGGCCAUCGAGGUGAUGUACGCGCAGUGCAUGGAGGUGGGCAGGGACAAGUGCCUGCCCGUCUACUACGAGCAGCUCGUGCUGCACCCCCGGCGCUCCCUCAAGCUCAUCCUCGACUUCCUCGGCAUCGCUUGGAGCGACGCCGUCCUGCACCACGAGGACCUCAUUGGCAAGCCCGGAGGCGUCUCCCUGUCCAAGAUCGAGCGAUCCACAGACCAGGUCAUCAAGCCUGUGAACCUGGAAGCACUUUCCAAGUGGACCGGCCACAUCCCUGGGGACGUGUUGAGGGACAUGGCCCAGAUCGCCCCCAUGCUGGCUCGGCUCGGCUAUGACCCUUACGCAAACCCGCCCAACUAUGGCAACCCCGACCCGAUCGUCAUCAACAAUACACACCGGGUCUUGAAAGGGGACUAUAAAACACCAGCCAAUCUGAAAGGAUAUUUUCAGGUGAACCAGAACAGCACCUCCUCCCACUUGGGAAGCUCAUGAUUUCCAGAUCUCUGCAAAUGGCUUUGUUGCCAAGAGGAGAAGAGACUUUGCAUUAGAGUGGAAAUCGGACCUCUACUCCAAGCAUAUUGCUUGCUAUUAAUCGCCCAAACAGGACUGCUGAUGAGGAAUGUAUUUGCAUAUCUUUGCAAAGGCUGAAUUGUUGAAAACUUACCUUGAGACGCUCUAUCUUGGACACUCCAGGAUAGAGACGGAAGAGCGUGGAAGUAGCCCAGCUUUUGAAACUUCGGUAUUUUAUAUUUUGCCCCUCGAGAACUUUUUUUCAAGAAGCAGAUUUACCAUCCUCCUUAAUCUGCUGGACCGCCCGGGUGGCUUUGUUUGCUGGGACAAGGCCCACCACCUGUGCCUUUCCUAUUGACCCUUACUUUGAAUUCAAAGAAUCUAUUUAAGAAUUUAAUAUAUGAGGCUUUCUUUGAUUCCUCCUCAGUUCUACCCAGUUUCAAAGAGAAAAAAAAACUAUUAUUUGAAUAAAGUGAACAGAGACUCAUUUGUCUGUGCCUUGCUUUAC